CCGCCAGCCUACAGCCCCCGAGCAGCGCAGCGCAGCGCAGCGAGCCGAGCAUGGCGCUGAGCGACACUGCCCUGCCCUCCUUCGCCACCUUCGCCAGCCCCUGCCGGGAGAAAACUUUCCACGGUAGGUGGAAGUGUGACCCCGGGGACAAGCCCCCUGCCAGCAGCUGCACCAUGCCAGAGCUGAGGCCGGGACUGGGCAGCAAAGAGGAUGAAGAUCUCAACAACGUUUUGGAUUUUAUCCUUUCCAUGGGCAAUGACAACUUUAGCCAGAGCUCACCUAGUGGGGACUAUCCCUCGGCACAGACGGAACCCAGCAGCUUCUACCAGACAAAUCCAUCAUCUGGAUGCUACAAUUCCCUGGAACAGAGCAAUCCCCCACCCUACAACUCCAGCCUCAUGCCAGAGAUGAUCAGGUCGGAGAUGGACUCAAACUUCUGCCUCCCCAACAGUGUCCAGGGUCGAUUCUUUGUGACGUCCAGCUUCGGGAGCCCACACUUUGUGGACCACAUUAAGCCAGAACCUGACAUGGACAGUUAUGGGCCUGUCAUGGGCCUCGUCCCUCAGACGUGUCCUAAGAUCAAGCAAGAAGGCAGUGCAACCUGCAUGAUGGGCUAUGAGCACCCUAGGAUGGCCAGCUCACCCCAGAUCCCUGGCACAGAGACACCCCCUCUGAGCCCUGAUGACCUAAUGGUGACUGACUGCCAAGCACAGAUGAUUUGCCCCUCAUCAAUGUCAUUCCAGCAGAACUAUCACCCUGCCACAGGCUUCCACCAUCACCAGACCCACUUCCAGUACCAGAGUGCCUCUCAGUUUGGCUUGUUUGAGAACAGCCUGCCCUUGCAACCCUCAGCUCCAAGAGGCAUGCUAACGCCUCCUUCCUCUCCCUUGGAGUUGAUAGAUUCCAAGCCCAAAAGAGGGCGACGAUCCUGGCCCAGGAAGAGGACAGCCACACACACAUGCACCUAUGCAGGCUGUGGGAAAACCUAUACCAAGAGCUCGCAUUUGAAGGCCCACCUUAGAACACACACAGGUGAGAAACCUUAUCACUGUAACUGGGAAGGCUGCGGCUGGAAGUUUGCUCGCUCUGAUGAACUGACACGUCACUAUCGCAAGCACACUGGCCACCGGCCCUUCCAGUGCCAUCUCUGUGACAGGGCUUUCUCUAGGUCAGACCACCUGGCUCUGCAUAUGAAAAGGCACAUGUAGCUAUAGAGACUGUACUGCACAAGAGACAUUAUUUAACUGGUCAGGCGCAGAAUCAUUCAGAAAGCUGUAGCUGGUACUACUUAGAGGAAAGAAAGCUCUAGCCAUGGAUGCUAAAGAAGAAUUUGACUCAAGGAGGUUUAGCCUGUCAUCUCCUGAAGAGACUUUAAAGGAACUGUAUCAGUGUCACUGGCUGCUCCACUCAGGAGAUUGUGGUUUAUUUAUAGAGCUUCUGUGAAGGGUAAACUCGACAAGACUCCAUACAGAUUGUAUAGAAGCUGUAAAUACUGUAGCUCUGAUUGUAAUUGCCUAAGACAUAAGCUUUAUAAGACAAUGUUUGUAUGGAAACUGCCUGAAGUCAACCCUAGAUGGGAUUAAAUGAAUGUUACUGUUGAUGUUAUUUUAGAUUUCAGUUCCAGGCAUGGCUAAGAGAAACACUCUGUUAGACGAUUUGUUUCAUUGGUGCAAUAAUAUUCUUGUUUGCCAUGAUCUACACUAGAAGUACAGGGCUUGAUGUCUUGUAAAAAAACCCCAAAACCUCUUUUACUGAUUUUUUUUUAUAUAUUGUAAAUAAUUUAAUACAUUGAAAAAUAUUGUAAUGUAUUAUGUAAAUAAGACAAAUAGGCAUUUUGCCUAUUUCUGUUUUUAUACAAAAGUAGCAUUUUUUUAAUGUUUGAAAACAUUUCUCCCUUUUUAAUAAAAUAAAUGUUUAAGUGAUGUGAUCACACUUUACACCCUCAUGUGAGAGCCUGUCAUUAUCCUUCCCAACAGCUGGAUCAACAGCCUCCUGGAAAUGUUUUAAACAACAAAAUAUAGAAGGACAUUUAAAAAAUAGCAAGUUGCUUCCAAAAACAGGGCAAAAUUAGGUGUAAAACUCAUGCUCAGUUAUAUUUGAACUAUAUAAAAUUCAGUGUUAUACCACACAGGGAAGUGUUUCACAUUCAAAAUGUAAUUCCUAAAAAUGAUUGUUAGGUUCAAAAGUAAGCAACACUGUAAUUUGUCUCAUUUCUAGUUUAUGCUGGACUAUUUUAAUAGUAUCCUUAAUGUUUUCCAGAUGUAGUCACAGUUUUGCCAGCAGUGUGUGGUUUUUACUAUAAAUUUAAACACUACACUUUUGUAAUUAUGGGGGCUUAUUUUAAGGCAUCCUUGUAUAUAAAUUAUCCUUGCUUUCAAGAACUUAGUGCAAAAAUCUGUAGAACAGUAGGCAAAAGUUUAAACAUUUUUCAUUUAACAUGAAAAUGUUUUCAUUUUAACACAGUUUGGCUAAUGUUUCUUUUUAAUACAUUGUGAAGAUGUGCAAUGACUACAUUAUAAAGACGCACAGAUUAAGUCUUCUAAAGACAUUUUUGAUUGGAGGUAGAAAGUCUAGUCAAAAGACCCAAUUUCUGUUAACUAAUUUCAAACAGAGUAUUUCCGUUGUAUCAGUGCAAAGUGGGAGUCAGUCCACUGAAACCAUUAGGAGUUAGUUUAGCCCUCAAGUGCUGUUUAAAAAAAAGAAAUCAGAUCCUGACCCAAAUUUUAUGUUUAUGCACCACUUAGUGUGAAAUCCCAGCUCUAAAAAGUAAAAAUGAAGGAUAUCAACUACAAUUUUUGACUAUUAGAAUAAAAUUGUAACAUGUAUUAAUUAGUCUAGUAUUAGGGGGGAAAAUACCUAAAAUGUAUACACACAGAAAUUUUAGUAUAAACAACAGGGUUGAGGGUUUUUUUCUGACUUUACAAGAUAUACUGCAC